AGUGAACGUACCAAAAAAAAAAAAAUGGCUGCUCCCUGUGGAAGGAUGGCAAGUCGUUCUGUCAUGCAGUUUUUAUGCACAUUUUCUCGUUCUACAAGCGGGAAUACGGGAUUUCGACAGUUCGGUACCGGUUCUCUGUGUCGGAUGACUCUAAAGACCAAAAGUGUAUCAGAAACAUCCAAGCGUUCUCCGUAUGCUUUAGCGGCUGCGGUGUUCCUCCAGAGACUGCCCGUGAUCUCCGCGGACUGUGCGCCCAUAGAGCAGACCUUCAAAGACAUGAUGCUCCAGAUUGAAUUGGAGAAGAGCCUGUUGUCAGACCAUGAGCUACGUUUGAUGGAGGAUGCUGAGAGACUGAAGAGGAAACAGGCAGACGAUUACGACUCGGAUGAGGAGGACAGCCGUGAGGAUCAGGACAUUGUAUUGACCCAGGACUUAGUGGACUCCUGGGAACAGAAAUUUAGGAGCUUCCAGCCUGCCCCAAGGGUUAGAGAUGAUGUGGAUAGAGACAUGAGUUCGGUGCAGCGCUGCCUGGCGGACUCUCUGGUGCUGGUGGCUGAACAGACAUUGGGGGAUCAGAAGUUGUGGCUGAUGCCUCAGACGCAGUGGCAGGAGGGUGAGACACUGAGGCAGACCGCCGAGAGGGCUCUGGCUGCACUCCCAGUUGGUCUCAAGGCGACUUUCCUUGGUAACGCCCCAUGUGGAGUUUACUCGUACAAACUGCCCAAGCCUCUGCGCACUGAGAGUUCACUUGGGACAAAGGUAUUUUUCUUCAAAGCCAUUUUGUCAGACAGCGGUCCUUCUGCACCUCCUAAUAGUGCUCUCCUCUGGCUGAAGAAAAGCGAACUGCAGGGUUAUCUCAAACCAGCAUAUUUGAUGAAGGUCGAACGAUUCAUCCUCGACUUGUGAAAACUUGGACAUUGAUAUUGCAAAGUUUUUUUUUCUUUUUUUUUUCUUCUGCUUCUGUUUUAAUGUUAAUAAUACCUUCUCUGAAGCUGCUUGUCCCUAUGUUGUUUUGCCUCAAAUAUUCCACAUUAUGGCAUUAAAUGUAUCCGUUUCCAUGUGGACAAGCAGGUGACACCCCUAUAUAUAGAAUUAUAUAUAGAAUGCAUGUUUUCAAGGUAUUUGUUAAAUCCAAAUAACACCUAUACAAGAUGCAGAUGUUUAAUGCCAUAAUGUGGAGCAUUACAAGCAAGGCAAAUACAUCUCCAAGAAAACAAGCAGAUGGCAACAUCAUAUUUAAAAGGAUACUCGCUGUGCAAAUAAAUGAGAGUGUUUUCCAAUUA